GAACGACAACGACAUGUACGCACACCUCAAUAACACCAUCUACGCACAACUCUUCGACUCUAUAAUCAACCACUACCUGAUCAGCGACUGCGGAAUGGACCCUUUCUCAUACGGCUCUGAUUCUUCCGAGUCGUCGUCUUCGUCCACAACGACAGGGGGCAAGCCGAACCCCAACCCCUCUGGACAAGUCGCCAUCAUGGUGAACUCCUACUGCGACUAUUUUGCGUCCGUUUCAUACCCCGAUAUCCUGGACCUCGGACUACGGGUUAACAAGCUGGGGACGACGAGUGUGGUGUAUGAAGUCGGGGUAUUUAAGCAGGGAGAGGACGAUGCGAAGGUUGUUGGUGGGUAUACGCAUGUUUGGUGUGAGAGGGGGGUGAUGAGGCCUGCUAAGGGAGGAAUGGAGAAUGGGAUUAGGGAGGCGUUGGGGAGAUUGAUGGUGAAAGAGGACAGUAAGAUUUAGAUUAAAUAGGUCUUGCUUGACGGGUUGUAUAUACCAUAUUGCUCGAUCCGAGCGUAUUGUUUAUGAAUAUAAGGCUGGAUAGAUGACUAGUGGUAGAAGGAAAGAGUCCGAGAUUAUCUUAUUAAAAAUACCAAGUAGAUAGUAAAAAACCAAGUAU